GAGCGAGAAUGUCAGGACACAUUUCAGGAGAGGCUGGAAGAAUAUAACAAGAAGCUCCUGCGCGGUUCACUUUUCGAUCGCCCGGCGGUGCAAGUCAUCAAAAAUUUGAUGGAGAGCUCUAAGGGCGACAUGCUACCCAAGUUCUACACAUUGAGAUGUGCCAACGGCGAAUAUCUCGGCGUGGAGCUGAUGCAACACAGGAUGCCACGACACGGUUCGCAGCCACAAAAGUAUGAAGAGUACGCUGUCUUCGCGCCAUGUCUGCAGUCUAGGGAAAAGGACGAUUUUCGUGCUGCGCUACGUCCUGUUUUUGAUAGUGACAAAGGCGUCUUCGCUCUCGCAGCCAACCGACAUAAGCAUGGUUUCGAAUGUCCCCAGGAUACCUUGCUGACUCGAGAUACGCGGCACGAUCCACAGAAAGAGCGGCCCGGAGUGGGAGGCUCAGGUCCAGCGGUAUAUUUCAAGCUUAUUCCUUUCGAGGACUCAGACCGCAUACGUGCCGUGUUGAUCAAUCGCGCGGGGGACGGCAAGCAGGAUAUGUGGGAUUGCAAGCUUGAGCCUAGCAACAUUCUGGAUGCUGGUCGACUCGUGUACACCGGGCCGGACUGCAGCGCGCAGAUUCACCAGAUCGCAUCUAGGCCAUUGUUCGACACCUACCGGUGCUGGCUGUGGGUGGACAACUUCAUUGAAGACCAUGUGCUCGUCUUGCAAGACAUCAGACUAAACGACGGCGAAGUGGAGACACUUCAACAUGUCUGGCUCUCAGGUCAAGCACAUCCUGUCGUCUGGUAUGCGGGUUAUUUAGUAGAGGGUCUACUCAAGUUCGCGAUCUACAAAAUCCAUUCCAAGGACAAAGCCAAGGACGCAUCGUUCAUUCGGGAAAGUCUUCGUUUCGAUGAACAUCGGAACCGAUUGAACAUUGCACCGAAUGUCGCCGAGCACGUCUGCAAUCUAAUAUGUAAAGUUGAAGUGCCGCAUGGAUGGCUCUCAAAUAAGAUGAGUACCAUACUUCUCGGAAAGGAUGAAGAGAUGGGGCGACUACCAUGUCAGACUGAUCAGUUGUGUGGACGGACGCUGAGCGGGAGAUUGGACGAAGUUGAGCACUCGUCUGGCAACCGUCGAGAUUUUGACGGCUUCGGCUUCCAUGUUACUUGCGUCAUCGAGAAAGGCGAUAUCACUGGUGGGCAGUUGCGACUGACCAAGGGCUGAAGGGUGAGGUUGGCGAUUGUACUGUAGUCUCAAGCUGUCACCGAUGAUGCUCGGCUCGCAAUUUCUCGAUCGCCAUACGCUCACUCCCAAGAUGAGGAAAGAGUGCAUCUAUUAUGCGACCGAAAUCAGCUAGUAUAUCAUCGUCAAUCGUUAGCGUUCGCCAUUGACGACUGACUAAGAAAUGCACA